AUGUGGGCUUUCAUUGAUUCCGCAAUUUCGAUUUCAGAAAAGGUGAAAUUAAAUGAGAAGAACAAGUAUAAAUUUGAUUGCGUUAUUUCUUUCUUAAAAAACAAUCAUUUUUCUGAUGCCCAAAUCACAAAACUUGUUGAACUGUACCCUUUUUUUCUUUGUAACAAAUUAUCAGCUAACCUUGACCCUGAGAUGAAGUUUUUUGCUGAAAAUGGAAUUUCGGGUCUGCUUAUUCCCAAGCUUUUGAUUGCUUGUCCUUCAAUUUUGUGUGGGAGUUUAAAUUCUUUAUUGAAGCCAUCAAUGUCAAAUCUGAGGGAGUAUGCUAAGGAUCCUGAAAAGAUUGUGGUUUCUAUCCAUAGGGGCCCUUGGAUUUUUAGUUCUAAGUGGAUGAACAUGAAUAGGAUAUUGGAUUACUUAAGUGAAUCUGGGGUGCCAAGGCAUAAAUUAGAGGAGUUAAUAGUAUUGCAACCUAGGUGUUUGUACCAGAAAUUGGAAAGGAUAGAAUAUGCAGUUGAAAUUUUAAUAAAAGAUCCUCAGUGUUUGGCUUGCUCAGAAAAGAAACUUAGGGUUGCGAUGGAUUAUUUUGUUAACAUUGUGAAGGUUGAUAGGGAGACUAUAAUUGGUUAUCCUAAGUUUUUGACGUAUUCGAUUGAGAAAAGGGUAAUCCCAAGGUGUACUGUUUGGAAGAUUUUAGAGGAGAAGAAUCUAACUCAAGGUAAGUUUGUUUGGGUACUGAAUAAGUCUGAAAAGACUUUCAUGGAACAGUUUAUUACAAAGCAUUCUGAUGCAAUUCCCAGUCUUGAAAAGAUAUUUCUCACCUCCAGGAAGCCUGCCAGCGGCCCAAUCGAUGUUGAUUGA